GAACAGAUAGAGGAAUACAGAUACAGCUACGAGAAGUCGAGAACGUGGCACCGAGACAGCACUGUCGCCUACAUCGUUUCCGAUAAAAGGGGAGCGGUGUCAUAUACAGUCCCCGUGCCUACCUCUCCUUCGUGGAUUUGGCUACAAUCGUUACCUAUUGUUGCCAGCUAACUUGAGGGGAUGCUUUCCUUGCCCGUGGUCAGGUUGAACGUCUGCUAAGAGGUGGAUUAGGAGAGUUAGAAGACCAAUAGCUGCCAGUGGGAGUAUUUGCUAUUCACAUGGAAGAGGCUCGGCGGUGUGCUCUGGACUAGCAUCCUCUUUCAGCACCACGGCCAGCUACAAGUGCGGCACCCAGGAGCACAAGCAGCUAGCCCGGCACUAUAAGGGCAAUGCAGCCGCUGGGCGCGGGAUGGUGGACUUUACCAAAUGAGUCAAUAACAAAUUAUGACUUGAAGGCUAUGGACUCAUACUAAAUUAUCAAGCAAAAUAAAUACAAUUAAUGAAGUAAUUUACAUACUUCAUACAUUGAGCUAAAUGUGUUGAUUACAGUGCUGUAGCUACUACAGAAACUUUAUCUUAUCUGCUAAACAGUCCUAUAUUGUCAUUUAAUGGGCACUAAUGGUAGCAUGCAAUAGUUGCAACUUGAAAGGGUCUUCAUUUUUGUGUAAUAAAAUACAACUUUGGCUGUUGGAUUGUGAGUAUGUCUUCCACACACUUUUCUUUGGAAAGAAACCCAUCAAAGUCUUGUCCUUGCAUGAUGCUGCUCGUCAAAAGGCUCUGUUGGAUUUUAAGCCUGAUACAAACAGCUUGCAGUCAAGAAUAUGCUCACUCUAUUCGAGUAGAAGGGGACAUUAUUCUUGGUGGUCUGUUCCCAGUUCAUUCAAGAGGAGAACGAGGUGUGCCUUGUGGGGAUCUCAAGAAAGAAAAGGGAAUUCAUAGACUUGAGGCAAUGAUGUACGCCAUAGAUCAGAUAAACAAAGACCAAGACCUUCUAUCAAACAUUACGCUAGGGGUCCGGAUACUUGACACCUGCUCAAGGGAUACGUAUGCCUUGGAGCAAUCUUUAACCUUUGUGCAAGCUUUAAUAGAAAAAGAUGCUACUGAUGUUAGAUGUGCAAAUGGAGAUUUACCUAUUUUUACAAAGCCGGAUAGAAUAUCUGGAGUGAUAGGAGCUGCAGCAAGUUCUGUUUCCAUUAUGGUGGCUAAUAUAUUAAGACUUUUUAAGAUACCUCAAAUCAGCUAUGCAUCUACUGCACCAGAACUAAGUGAUAACAGUCGAUAUGACUUCUUUUCACGCGUGGUCCCACCUGACUCAUAUCAAGCCCAAGCAAUGGUCGAUAUUGUAACAGCAUUAGCGUGGAAUUAUGUAUCAACGCUAGCUUCAGAAGGGAACUACGGAGAAAGUGGAGUUGAAGCUUUUACACAGAUUUCCCGGGAAAUUGGUGGUGUUUGCAUUGCCCAAUCUCUGAAAAUCCCUCGAGAACCCAAACCAGGAGAAUUUGAUAAAAUCAUUAAACGCCUGCUGGAAACUCCUCAUGCUCGUGCAAUAAUAAUUUUUGCAAAUGAAGAUGACAUAAGACGAAUUCUAGAAGCUGCCAAAAGAAACAAUCAGACUGGACACUUUCUCUGGAUUGGAUCAGACAGCUGGGGCUCUAAAAUUUCACCAGUAUACCAACAAGAGGAGAUAGCAGAAGGAGCUGUUACAAUACUACCAAAGAGAGCAUCAAUAGAUGGAUUUGAUCGAUAUUUUAGAAGCCGGUCAUUAGCCAAUAACCGAAGAAAUGUAUGGUUUGCAGAGUUUUGGGAGGAAAACUUUGGCUGCAAACUUGGAUCACAUGGCAAAAAAAAUAGCCAUUUAAAGAAAUGCACAGGAUUAGAACGGAUUGGAAGGGAUUCAAGUUAUGAACAAGAAGGCAAGGUUCAAUUUGUGAUUGAUGCAGUGUAUUCUAUGGCUCAUGCUCUCCAUAAAAUGCACAAAGAUUUCUGUCCUGGCUAUGUGGGACUUUGCCCAAGAAUGAAGCCUAUCGAUGGUAAAGAUCUUCUCAGUUAUAUUCGGGCUGUGAAUUUUAAUGGGAGUGCAGGAACCCCAGUUACUUACAAUGAAAACGGAGAUGCUCCUGGACGCUAUGAUAUAUACCAAUACCAAAUAAUUAACAAGACAGCAGAAUACAAAGUUAUUGGACAUUGGACAAAUCAAUUACACCUCAAUGUGGAAGAUAUGCAGUGGACAAGCAGAGAGCUAACACAGCCAGCAUCUGUUUGUAGCCUGCCAUGCAAACCUGGAGAAAGAAAGAAAACUGUGAAAGGAGUCCCUUGCUGCUGGAGCUGUGAGCGGUGUGAAGGCUAUCAUUAUCAGGUAGACGAGCUGACCUGUGACCUCUGUCCUUUAGAUCAAAAACCAAAUGCAAACCGCACAGGAUGCCAGCUAAUUCCUAUUAUCAAACUUGAAUGGCACUCUCCUUGGGCUGUUAUUCCCGUCUUCAUAUCCAUUUUGGGAAUAGUGGCAACAACAUUUGUAAUUGUCACCUUUGUUCGAUACAAUGAUACACCCAUUGUGAGAGCAUCUGGACGUGAGCUCAGCUAUGUGCUAUUGACCGGGAUUUUUUUGUGUUAUGCCAUCACCUUCCUGAUGAUUGGAACACCAGAUAUGGUCGUUUGUUCGCUGAGACGUAUAUUCCUGGGGCUUGGCAUGUGUUUCAGUUAUGCUGCAUUGCUCACAAAGACAAACAGGAUUCAUCGGAUAUUUGAACAAGGGAAGAAAUCUGUGUCUGCUCCAAAGUGUAUAAGUCCAGCUUCUCAACUGGUGAUCACUUUCAGUCUUAUAUGUGUUCAGUUACUUGGAGUUUUCAUAUGGUUUGUAGUGGAUCCACCACAUAUCAUAGUAGACUAUGGAGAGCAAAGAACAUCUGACCCAGAAAAUGCCAGGGGGGUUCUAAAGUGUGACAUUUCAGAACUUUCUUUAAUUUGUUCCCUUGGAUACAGUAUUCUAUUGAUGGUAACAUGCACUGUGUAUGCUAUUAAAACUAGAGGAGUGCCAGAAACCUUCAAUGAAGCCAAACCCAUUGGAUUUACAAUGUAUACCACCUGCAUCAUUUGGUUAGCAUUUAUUCCGAUCUUUUUUGGAACAGCACAAUCAGCAGAAAGGAUGUACAUCCAGACAACUACUCUGACAGUAUCCAUGAGUUUAAGUGCAUCUGUGUCUUUGGGAAUGCUUUACAUGCCCAAGGUUUACAUUAUCAUUUUCCAUCCGGAGCAAAAUGUUCAAAAAAGAAAGAGAAGUUUCAAGGCUGUUGUGACGGCUGCCACCAUGCAAAGCAAGCUGAUCCUAAAAGGAAAUGACAGACCUAAUGGUGAAGUAAAAACAGAAAUCUGUGAAAGUCUUGAAACAAACACUUCUUCUACAAAGACAACGUAUGUCAGCUACAGCAAUCAUGCGACCUGAGAUUCUGAGGAUUUUAACAGAAUAUCCAACACCAAAUUAUGAGAGAGAUCAGUUGUUCUAAAUGACUGAAACAGUAAUUUAACAAAAAGGACAUAAUUUGUGAAAGAUGCCUGAAUUUAUUUUUCAACUUUAAAGUGUCAAAAUAUUUUAGACAAAAGCACAUGAAAGAAAAAAAUAUGAAUGUGCACAAGAAGAGAUAACAAAAUAAAUCCUUUUGUUCACAGAUGAAACUGCAUUUUAUGGAGAAAAAAAAAUCUGUCAUAUGUUACACCAUAAUUGUAAGUACUUUUGUGACUUGUGAGAAAUUUCAUUCCUGUCCUAUAUUGUUCUAUCUCUAUAGGAGAUGAGUUUGUGCAUUGUAUUGGCUGAUUGACAUGAAGCCCUGGAUUGUGUUCAAUAAAUGCAAUGGUUUACGCAUGCACAUUUUUUUAUACAAAAGAUAUUUCUAAUAAUAAAGGAAUGUUUUGCAAAUGGUGA